UAGUACCAUCCCGGUACCUACAAACCUAACCCUGCCCCUCCUCAAGCCGCAUACCUUCUACGUAACUCUCCGGCGUGGGCAGGUAUCGAAGACUCAGGCCCCUCAAUCACUCCAUCUAUCAGUCCAUCGGCCCAUAGGUGCAAAAUUCCUCGCUUGAUUUGUCUGGCCAUUUCCCAAUUCAAUCUCUCCUCUUCACUUUUCAAAGGACCAUCUACUUAGUAACAAGUCAGUUGACCUCGACCACAAAGCGAGUGAACCCAUCCAUUUCCUGUAUUCAACAUCCAAUAUAUGCUCUUCGAGCCCUAGAGACCUAAUAGUCUUUAUUAGCCAUCACACUCUACACAUCUAGACAUUCAUCAGUAGUCACUAUCUCUUUCAAACACGUAACCAAUUAACCUCAAUCAUGGCACACAAGACUUCUGCGGUAACCGACGAGCCCAUUGAAGUGCUUUUCGCCCUUCAUCCCAAGUUCGACUUGCUGGAUUUCGCCGGACCUCUCGAGAUCCUCGAAUGGGCACGCCACGACAAGAACGACGAAAGCACCAAAGCUUUCGAGUGCACAAUUGCUGCGGCCGAACCAAAGGUCAUCUCAGAACAGGGAGUUGUCAUUGGUGCCCAGAUCACGUACAAGGAAGCUCAUGAGCGGCUCAACGACUUUGACGUCCUCAUCGUCGUAGGUGGCAACCAUGAUGCUAUCCUAAAGGAGAAAUCCGAGCCCCUCCCUAUCAUCGAAGCCUUCGCAGAACUCCAGAGAAAUGAUUACACACGAGAACGCACGUUGAUGUCUGUCUGCACCGGUUCCAUCUUAUUGGCCGAGGCGGGUAUCCUGGCAGGCUUGUCCGCUACAACCCACCCAGACUACUUCACCAAGUUCGAGAUUGUCUGCAGCAAUGCAGCUCAGCGUGAUCUUCAAGAAAGAACAGAUGUAGUGGAAGAUGCUCGAUAUGUUGUGAACAACCUUCGCUUCGACCUCGGAGAUGAGGAUGAGAAUCCCUACAUUCGUCGCAAGUCAGAUGCUGGAAGACGCCCCUCUGCGGCGCGAAAGGGAAGUGUCUCAUUCAAGGGCUCGAACGGACGUCGUGAGUCUAUGGCUCGCCGCGCCGCGAUGCGUCUAGGUGGGCUUCGGGUCAUUACGGCGGGGGGAAUAUCUGCUGGCCUAGAUGCAGCUCUGUAUCUGGUCAGCAUCCUCGUCGAUGAAGAAACCGCAAAUGAGGUGGCCCGGUUCGUUCAGCACGAAUGGGUUAAAGGUACCGUCGUUGACGGUCUUGACGUCUAGAAGCUACAUAUCUAGAUUUGCUAGAAAGGGAACUAAAGGCUUUAGUGUGUGGAUGUGAUAGGAUCUUGCUCAUGUAUUCAAGUUCAAAAAGAGGGAUUGAAAAGUCCUAGACAAUUAAAUACCUAACCUAGCUACGAAUGAACAAAUAGUUAAAGUAAAAUGGUGUUUUUGGGGAAGUCUCUCGAUGAGUUCUCAGGCUCAGAGCUGGUCAUGUGGAUCUUUUAAUUCAACCAAG